AUGAGAUUAUUGUUGUCUACAUUGAUCGCAGCAACGGUUACGUCGGUGACGGUUUGGGGUGCUGCUACUCCUGAUACCUCUGAUAUCGUUGGAGAAGAAAGUGGGAAUGGUAUAUAUAGGUUGGAUUUUGAUAUCCACCGAGGCACCAGUACCAGGGAUAUGACAAGACACGCCGAAGGCGGUAUAUCCAAACGAGAUGACAGUGUAGAAAUGGAAAUUAAGAAUCAAAGAAGUUUUUAUAUGGCUACUUUACGAAUUGGAUCCAAUAACCAAAAUUUAUCGGUUUUGGUGGAUACUGGAUCGUCUGAUUUAUGGAUCAUGGAGAAAGACCUUGACUGUGUGUCAGCAUCGUCUUCGUCUUAUAAAAAAAAUAUGGGAUUAAUUGCAUCGAGACCCAAUGCUACCAGAACUGAAAAUAUCAUUCAAAGUCAUCGGAAAAGUUGCUUGUUUUGUGAUGAUCAUGAAAAAGAUGGUUCUGAUGGUAGUUUCACCACCACCAUCAUAAGUACUGGUACUUCUGUCAGUAGUGACUUGGGAGGUGGUCUUAUUGGUGGUGGUGGAGGAAGCGGAAGUGGAAGUGGAAAUGAUGGAGGUGACUCUUCCUCUUCGGGAGGAUCAAAUACUUGUACUCAAUACGGAUCAUUCUCCACUUCAAGCUCUGAUUCGUUCCAUAAAAAUGAUAGUGCAAGCGCUUUCCAAAUCUCUUACGGUGAUGGUACUACUGCACUAGGAUUUUGGGGUUACGAUACCGUUAGAAUCGGGGACACUAGUGUUAGUGACUUAAGUUUUGCUGUUGUUAAUGAAACCGACUCUAACGUUGGGGUUUUGGGUAUUGGAUUACCUGGUUUGGAAACCACCUAUUCGUCUUCCUACCUGGGAAAUCCAUACCAAUAUGAAAAUUUACCUUUAAAAUUGAAAAAUAAUGGGUUAAUUCAUAAAAAUGCCUUUUCGUUAUAUUUGGGGGAUCAAUCAGCUAAAAGUGGUAAUGUCUUAUUCGGUGCUGUUGAUCAAGCCAAAUAUUCUGGAGAUUUACAAACUGUUCCCAUCAUUAACACAUUAAAAUCAAGUGGAUACGAUACUGCCAUUAGAUUCGAAAUCAUGGUUGAUCUGAUUUCAGUGAAUGACUCCAAUUCAAACGUUAACGUUACCAAUAAUAAAUAUACCGCCUUAUUAGAUAGUGGUUCUACCUUAUCAUAUUUCCCAACUAGUCUUUUUGAAAAAUUCGGUGAAGUUUUAGGCGGCAGUUAUUCCAGCUCCUCACAAGCUUAUGAAAUUGAUUGUAUCGAUAAUGAAUCAGUACAAGUUAUUUUCAAUUUUAGUGGUAAUGAAAUUAAAGUUCCCUUAACCAACUUAACCUUAUCUUCAGGUAGAACUUGUUACUUGGGGGUUUUGAAUCAAAAAAGUGACUACAUCUUAUUAGGUGAUAAUGCUUUGCGUUCAAUGUACCUUGUUUAUGAUAUAGAUGAUUAUGAAAUUUCAGUGGCUCAAGCCAAAUAUACCACUGACGAAGAUAUUAAAAUCAUUUCUUCUUCAGUCCCAGGUGCCACUAAUGCUGCCUACUACUCUUCUACUCUGUAUUCUGCUGCUUCCGAAGGUCAAGCUACUCAAACUGCCCUGUACCGUGGCUCUUCCAAUGGGAAACUGUCUGGGGCUGAAAAAUCUACUUCCUACAGUAAAGGCAUGGCAUUCUUUACUCUUCUUUUUGAUCAGUCUAAUGAUGAACCUUUGCCUCAUAGAGGUCGUAGCAACUCUUCUCCUCCACGACCAACCACGUCUACCAGUGACAACAAUGAACUGGAUGCUGAAAGUGCCGAAAGAUCGGGCUCAAUGAACUUGUUUGACCGUCUCAUGGAUAGUAUUUUUGAUCCUAGUUCCCGAAGAAAUGGAGGCUCAACCAAUACAAAUAGUGAAACUUCAAAUCCAGCUUCAAACUCACCUGCUCCUUCCAGUGAGCAAGGGAAUGAACCGGCUUUGAUUAUCAUUAACUAUGCGUUCACCGACUCCAAUAAUACCUCUAGUUCAUUGGUUAUGUCCUUGCCAAAUAAUCCGUUAUAUAGACACCCCGCCACCAUUCAUGAGUUUGUGAGGAUUGCUGCCCAGAUGGCCUAUUCUAGCAUAAAUGGCCAAUUGAACCGCCAAAGAGGUAUCACCAUGGAAAAAUUCAACUUGUUCCCGAUUAAAAAGGCACAUGAACUUAAAGAUAUACCGGAAUGCUCGAUUUGCUUUGAGAAAUUUGUUACUUUGAAAGAACAGAAAAAUUCACCAGCAAAGGAUAUUAAUACCGAUAAAGUCCCGACCAAAAAGAGAAAGUUGAAUAAUCUGUCAAGUCAAGCUUCAGUAUCUUCCUCUCAGGAACACGAUCACUUCCACCCGGGUUCUUCUAGUAUUCGUCCAGGGUCUUCAAGUAACCCCCCUGUUCCUUCAGAAAGUAAUUCACAACCUUCUACCCCCAAUGAACAGAGGGAAAGACCAAAAUAUUUAUCUGAAUUCUCAGGACAAGGAGAAUAUGCUCAUGUUGCCGUUGAGCUACCUUGUAGCCAUGUCUUUGGUAAGUCUUGUUUGUUUGAGUGGUUAAAAGAUCAUUCAACUUGUCCCUUAUGUAGACAGUCAUGUGCUGAUCCAGAACCAGAACAACAGGAUUCAAAUCCAUUGAAUAAUGACAAUACUUCUAAUAAUACUGAUAAUGACAAUCGAAACGAAUUGAAUAUUGAUCAAAUAUCAAGUCGAAUCUUGAACGGAUUAAAUGCAGCUUAUUCAAAUAGAGAUGAUAAUUCAAGUGAAAAUAAUCUUAGCCAAUCCAAUACUGAAAAUACUACUGAAAGUUCCAGACCAAUUGAUCAAUCAUCUACAAGCGAAUCUGGCGAACGAUCCAACGAUGAUGAUAAUUCAAGUCGAUCCACUAUACGCUCAAGAUUUUUCCCUGAGAUACGUUUUUUUGAUCGUUCUCAAUUUAGAAGGGCUUUCACUAGAUCUUCAGAUAAUCAAGCGUCUUCUCCCAGACCAACAAAUCCAUUAUUCCCCAAUGUUGUCGAGAGCAGAAGAACCGCUGAUGGUGUUGAAACCCGAACCGGUGAAACUAGACCAGAAAGAGGAGUAGAUGACGUUCUUGAUUUUCUUCAUUUGAGAAGUUUAUUUAAUCAACCCAGUAGAUCGGACACCAAUAAUAACUCGACUACCCAAAAUAAUGAUGAGCCAGUUGACGAGGAAUCAAGGUCAACUGAUCAGCCAUAA